AUGGCUGAACAUCUGGAGAACCAUCUUCAAUGUCCCACCUGUCUGGACGUCUUCAAAGAUCCUGUCAUGCUGCUGCCGCGUAGUCACAAAUUCUGCCGUGCGUGUCUGCAGCUGUGGAAGGACAACGGCGAACGAUCGUGUCCACUCUGUAUGACAGAGUUUAGUUCGAUGGAUCCGCCUCCGAACUUGGCACUGAAGAAUAUGCGUGAGAACCUUUCACAAGCCUUAGUCAAGUCAGAAGACGACUGCAGCUUGCAUAAAGAGAAACUGAAACUCAUCUGUUUGGACCACCUGGAGCUGGUGUGCCAUAUCUGCAGAGAUGCAGAAACCCACGUUGGUCACAAGUUCCGGCCCCUUGUAGAAGUUGUGGAAUAUGCCAAGGAAAUACUCCAAGAUUACGACGACUGUCGAGAGAACUGCAAUGAACAGGCAGAGUACAUCAAAGUCCAGAGGGAGAAUGUCGAACGCAAGAUUACGGAGGAUUUUAAGGAGCUCCAUCGCUUUCUCGACGACGAGGAGGAGGCCAGGUUGGCUGCAGUCAGGGAGGAAGAGAAGAACAAGAGUCAAACGAUGAAAGAAAAGAUGGCGGCUCUCGGCGAACGAACGGCCGCUCUCUCGGAUGUCAUCAGAAGCACUGAGGAGCAGCUGGCGUCUGGCAGUGAUUCUUUCAUGAAUAAAUUCAAGACUGUGUUUAGCAGGAUCCAAGAGCUCCCCGAUAAACUGGAGAUGCUUCGAGGUGGUCUGCUGGACCAAGCCAAACACGUGGGCAACCUCAAGUUCAAGGUGUGGGAGCGGAUGAAGGAGACGCUCGCCUACAGUUCCGUCAUUCUGGACCCCAACACGGCCAAUCCAAGAAUCAGUCUGUCUGAAGAUCUGACCAGUCUGAGUUGGAUAGACGUACAGCAGGAGCGUCCAAAGAAUCCAGAGAGGGCACAGGAGGGGCUAUCUGUGCUAGGUUGUGCUUUGGAAUCAGGAAGCCACGUGUGGGAUGUCCAGGUGGGAGAAAACAAUCACUGGGCUGUGGGGGUUUUGUGGGGGGACCUUUGCUCGCCAGAUCUUAUGACUGGUUGGUACAUUCAAUUUAGGGAUGGUAAAUACAUUCAUCCCGGUUGCGAUUAUGGAGAAUGGAAUCCGCCUGUCAAAGUGCAGAGGAUCCGAGUUGAGGUGGACAUGAAAGAAAGGGCGGUGUCCUUCUCUGAACCUCUUACAAACACUGAAUUGUGGAACACUGACAAGCCAGAAGAAGAUUGGCCAGACUUGUCCUGUAACAUCAAAAUGUAUCCUUACUUUUGGACACUGCAUAAAAGUCCUUUAAAAAUAAACCCCAUUGCACCUGGUGUUACGACUGCCAUCAGUUUGCAGUUAAUUUGA